AUAUUAUUUAAUUUUACUGUUCGUGUAUUUAUGUUGCUCGCUGUGGCUCCUCUGAGUCGUCUCAACACUGUUACCGUAAACAUUUUAUGAAUCCCGCACGUCAACUAACCGACGGCUGCCUUGAACAGAGUAAAAGCUUCACUUGAGAGAGCGCAACAGGCGGUUCAAGUUGUAACGGCUGACUGCAGCAUCCGGAGUUUCUGUUAAGACUCUUAUUAUCAGUAAAUGGAGCAGGACGCCAAUCGCACAAAGCGCAGGAGCCGCCGCAUCUUUAUUUGCGUCGCCGUUGUUUUAGUUGUGAUUUUUGUGCUGGCGCUGGUGCUCGGUCUGUCGCGGCGCAAUCAGGGGGCAAACGGAUUCCAGUCAACUUUUAUCGAGAGGUGUGAGAAGUUCAAUGGGCCUGACUGUCAGAACAUAUGGAAAGUAUUUUCUCAAGCAUAUGUGAGGCGGGACCCUUGCAAUGUCCCGAUGGAGGCCUAUAACGCUCUCAUGGCUGCAGCCUCCAUCCAACCUGUCUGCAACAGGGAGCUGUUCUGGAGCAAAACAAAGCAGAUUGUCCAUGCUUUCACAGCAAAGAGAGAUUGUUAUAUCACCAUGGAGGACACGCUGUUGGGGUUUAUGCUGGACGGCCUGACCUGGUGUGGAAAGGAGAACAGCAGCGAAACCUUCACGUCUGGAUGCCCGGGUUGGAGCCAGUGUGAGAACAACCCCGUCCGCUCGUUUUGGAACAGAGCCUCAGCUGCUUUUGCAGAAGCUGCGUGCGGAGACGUCACCGUUAUGCUGAACGGAUCCAUCAGCACUCCCUUCAGCCCUGCGAGCAUUUUUGGAAGCAUUGAGAUAAAGCGGUUAAACUACAGGGUCAGGAGCCUGAAUGUGAUCCUGGUCACGCAGAACAACACUGGACUGUUCCAACGCAUCCUUAAAAGAUCUCCUGGACACGCUGGGCGCUGGGAUCAGCUACAGCUGCAGGGCAGUGCCUGAGGCUCAGAUCCAGGCGUGCAGCUCGGAUCCAAAGAGAACGUGUGGACCCUGUUGGUGAAGAUGUUUCACAUCGGUACCUGUUUACUUGUUGCUCGUGGACCAGUUUUGUUUUUUAUACCAUGAAUAACAUCUUAUGACAACGUGCCUUUCUUUUGUAUAACAUGCAAUAACAUGCAGGUGCUGCUACUAAUUCAGGCCAAAUGUCAAACUAACUGGUGCUGGUUUUCUAAUAAAAGGUGAAUGUUUGGGUCAUAA